CUCUCUCUCUCUCUCUCUCUCAAGCGAACGAGUUAAUUAGGGUUUCUUCUCGCCUCCGAGCUCCGCCUCCGCCUCCGCCCAUGGCCGAUCGCAACAAUGCCGAUUCACGCCGCCACCUCGCCGUGGUGACCCCGCCCCCGCCCCCUAUCCCCAAAGACGUACAUGGAACUGACAAUCUUCCUCUUUCUCCUCAGUGGCUUCUGCCAAAACCUGGGGAAAAUAAACUUGGGACUGCACCUAGGGAUUUCAAUCAAUAUGGUACUCAGCCAGAUACUGUGAAAAAUGGUGAAGACCUUAACAAUACUGGAAAGAGAAGGGAUGUUUUCAGGCCUUCAAUGCAUGAUGGUGAAACUGGGCGCCACGAUCGGUGGCGUGAUGAAGAAAGGGAGCCAAACUCUGCUAUUCGUCGAGAGCGCUGGAGGGAUGUCGAUAAGGUUGAACGCUGGUCGGACAAUUCCUCUAGACAUUCUGGUGAAUCUCGCCGUGCCAUGUGGAGUGAUUCUGGUAACAAGGAAGGCAAUUAUGAUCAACGCCGUGAGAACAAGUGGAACACUCGUUGGGGGCCUGAUGAUAAGGAGCCUGAGAGCUGGCGUGAGAAGUGGGCCGACCCCUCUCAUCUUUCAAGUCACGGAAAGGACACAAACAACCUUCAUGAAAAGGAUACAGACAGAGAAGACCAUUAUUCUCGGCAAAGGAGGUCAAACUAUUCUGUCAGCCGUGGCAGGGGAGAUCCUGUUUAUCCCCCAUCUCAGACACCACAGAAACCGUCCACUGUGUUUGGCUAUGGUAGAGGGAGAACAGAAAAUGAGAGUCCUGUAACUAUUAGUGCUCGUGGGAAGCUUAACUCUAACAGUACUGUAAAUAGUGGUUCUUCGCGGCCAUUUCACCUAGGUUCUGCGCUUGACAAGUCUGAUAGUGCGCCUGGAAAUCCCUGUGUUAAAUAUAGUAGGAUGAAAUUGCUAGAUGUAUACAGGGUUACUGAUCUUAAAAAAGUUAGAGCAAAUCUAGAUGGUUUCAUUGAAGUUCCUCCUUUGACAGAACUGGAACCAUUGGAGCCAUUGGCACUUUCGGCUCCUACUUCCGAAGAAUCAGUUAUUUUGAAAGGCAUCGACAAAGGUGAUAUCAUAAGCAGUGGUGUACCUCAGGGUUCCAAAGAUGGCUCUGUUGGCAGGAAUAUCUCUGAUGCAAUUCCACCAAAACAAGCUAAAUUAGGUAGUAGGGAAGAUAGGCCUGCUGCCAUGGAUGACUAUAAAGAUGACAAUACUGACAAUAUGAAAGGUACCCAUUUCGGCUCCUUUGAGAGUUCAUUAGGUGAAAAACAAUUACAGCACCAUGGCUCUGAACAGAGAGUGGGAUUAAAUCUGAGGCAGUACUCAUUCCAGGAGAAAACACAGAAUGCUGACGGUAUUCUUGAAAACCCUGAUAAGCCAGCCAUUAUAGAAGCAUCUAGGCCGGAAAUUUCUCCAUCACUUUAUGUUGCCGGACCAAGGAGAUCUCAAUCGGUUGGAGAUUAUGCACUGGGCUCAUCUCAUGAUUGGAAAGAGUUCUCUACUGAAAACGGACCACGGACAUCUGAAAUGAGCUGGUCUCAGUUACAAAAGGAUGAAUCUCACUGGCAAAAAGAUGAAGGAUUUGGUCCACAGCCAGACCCAAAAAAUGACCCCAAGAUUAAGAGGCAAUUAUCUGAUGUCUUGAAUAGAGAGGGUAAAUCUAGUAUCAUGCUAGGGCAUGAAGACUCUUAUAAUAGAAGGUUGCAAGCACAUCCUUCUCCAGAAGAGCUUUCUUUAUAUUAUAAAGACCCACAAGGCCAAAUUCAAGGCCCUUUCUCUGGAAGCGACUUAAUCGGGUGGUUUGAGGCGGGGUAUUUUGGUAUUGAUUUGCUAGUUCGGCUGUCAAGUGCUCCACCUGAUGCUCCUUUCUCUUUACUUGGGGAUGUUAUGCCCCACCUACGAGCGAAGGCAAGGCCCCCACCAGGCUUUGGCACUGCUGCCAAGCCUAAUGAAUUGUCAGAGAUUUCCAUUCCCUCAAAAUUUGCUGGUUCUACAAAUAUUCAUGCGGGCAUGGGGGAUGUUGAUAUUCUCAACAAUGGGUCCAGAAUCAGGAAAGAUGCUGCAACUGAAGCACAAAACCGGUUCAUAGAGUCAUUAAUGUCUGGCAGCAUAAGCAGUUCCCCAUUAGAGAAAAUAGCUCUUACUGGAGGUAUGCAAGAAUAUGGUGGGAGCAGUGCAGUGGGUGGUGAAAGUGAGAAUGAUGUGAAUUAUCUCUUGGCCCAGAGAAGAUUGUUGGAAAGGCAGAAAUCUUCAUCAAAUUCUCUUCAAUUUUGGCCAGGAAGAGAUGUCACACAGAUGGUACCAAAUAUAAAUGCAGUCUCUGAUUCGUCUCCUUUGCACUCGAAGUUGCUUCCUCCCAUGGGAGACGCUUCUCGCCAGAUCCUUCAAUCUCCUCAACAAGUGGACUUGCUAUCCAUCCUCCACUCAGCAGCAGAUAAACCUCAAAACCCAGCUAUAUCUGGAUUACCUUUAUGGUCGAAUUUCCCCGAAGCUCGAAACAUGAGUAACACAUUACACGGUAAUGGCAUGGGAAUCUCUCAGAACCCAAUAAGCAUGCAACACAAUCUAAAUAUACCUCCACAAAUUGGGGUGGGUAAUCAACAGCAAAGGUUGCUGCAACAAAACCAACCACCUUUGCCUCAUUUAAGCCCUCAACCUAUUGAUAUUGCUCCUGCCUUGCUUCCACCAGACAAGCUACCCUCUGAAAUUCCUCAAGAUCCACAAUUAUUAAGCUUAUUGCAACAGCAGUAUCUUCUGUCACAACUGCAGAUGCAGGCUCAGACUUCUGUUACCCCUCAGCUUUCUUUGCUGGAUAAGUUCUUAACGAUUAAGCAGCAGCAGGAGCAGCAAAAGCUACAAGAGCAACAGAAGCAGCAGUUGCUGCUGCAGCAACAGCAGCAGCUGCUUUCGCAGGUUCUAUCCGGGAAUCAACAUCUUCUUGAUCCUUCCUAUGGGCAAAUAGGUAAUUCUUCUCUAGAUCUUCUAGCGCUUCAAAGAGCGCAAGAGGCUCUUCAGAUCAAUCAACAGAUGUCUAUACAAAGUUUGCUCGAUCCACAACCACCUAAUCGUCCGGAUGUGAGUUUGGGUAUUUCGCCUGCAAAUUUGCCCCAUCACAUCCUCAAUCAUGUACCUUCAAAAGAAUGGGACACUUCUCUUCCACAGCAGGCUGAAAAUAUUGUGAAUGCCGAUACUGCAACAGUAUCAGCAAUGGCUGGUAGUUUGCCUCUGAUGAAAGAUAUAGAGAGAGAUGAACAGGAGGAUAUCCUGGAAAAGAACAACCAAGGGUUGGAAAAUGCUGGAGCAGAACAUAAGACACUUUCAGUGUCUCAAUCUAGUGAAGUCAUUGCCCCAGCUUGUUCUGAAGCCAAGGACACUGCUGAAUCUAAGGCCAAUGAUCCAGGAUCUUCCGAUCGUUUAACUUAUUUAUCCGAUCAGGUUCAUGAUAUGAAGCUCUCUUUGAAAGAAGUUUCAGAGCAAAUUCGUCCUGAUUCAUCUUUGGCGAAAGAAACAAAGAGCGUAGAGACACCAGAAGUAAAGAAAACUUCAGAAAAGAAAUCAAAGAAGCAAAAGAACUCGAAGGCACAAUCGGCAGCAGAUGCUGCUGGGAAAGGACAAUCAAAGACAACUCAAUCUAAAGUGGCCUCUGAAGUUGAGGGUUCAGAUGCUGUUGUCACUGCUGCUAAACCAGAAAUGCUGAAUGAUACGGAGGGAUCUGCAGCUGGGGCUUCAGUGGAGGAAGGUGAACUGGAUUUUAUAAAAGCUGAGCUACCUUCUUCCAAAAAUGAUAGUGUUCGGAAUGAAGUUGAUCGUGGGGAACUUGUUAACUUAUCAUCGAAUGCACAAACCGCUUCUAGUCAUCGCGCAUGGAAGCCUGCAUUUGGGCUUAGACCUAAAUCACUGUUGGAAAUUCAAGCUGAAGAGCAACUAAGGGCGCAGAGGGAAGCAAUGCCUGCUGAAUUUGCCAAACCAGCUGCUCCAACCAGUGUUUCAUCCUCGGUUCCUUGGAGUGGUGUAGUGCCCACUUUGGAGCCUAAAUUCAAUCCAGAUGUCACUCAACAAGUUGUGGGUAGCUCAGGAAAUGCUGCAAAUUCAAAGAGCAAGAAAAGCCCUUUGCAUGAUCUAUUGGCAGAAGAAGUCUUGGCCAAGUCAAAUGAAGUUGAAAAAGAUCUUGGUGGCAGCAAUACUAAAACAGACAUGGUAGUUCUUGAUGAUGAUGAUUUCAUCGAGGCUAAGGACUCCAAGAAAAACCGUAAAAAGGCAUCAAAGGCUAAAGGUGCUGGACUCAAGUCCCCUUCACCUGUUGGUUCACUUGAUCAAACUGCCACAUCUGUCCGUACAGAGAAGGGCAAAUCAACUCAAAAGACACAAGAGAGAGAAAUAUCACCUGCUCCUCCCUCUGGUCCAUCUCUUGGUGAUUUUGUUCUCUGGAAGGAGGAUCAAACUGUCUCUGCACCAGCUCCAGCUUGGUCCGCCGACCCUGUGAAUCUUCAAAAGCCCUUGUCCUUGAGAGAAAUUCAGAGGGAACAGGAGCGAAAGGCGGCUUCAAUCCAGCAGCAAAUCCCUAUACCGUCUGCCACAAAACAACAGCCAACGCGUGGGAAUCGCGGAAGUGGGUCUUCGUGGCAGUUUUCUGGGUCAUCUCCUUCUAAUAAGGCUGCAGCUCCCAUCCAGACCAGUUCACAUGUUUCUUCUGUUUCAAAAUCUAAAGGUGAAGAUGAUUUAUUCUGGGGUCCUCCGGAGCAGUCCAAACAGGAAGCAAAGCAGUCGGAUUUCCCAUCCCUAUCAAACCAGAGUGGCUGGGGAGUCAAAGGCAGCUUCGCGAAAGGAGCACUGUCAGUGGCACCGAGUCGUCAGAAGUCACAGAGUGGUAAAUUGCCUCUUUCUUCCCCACCCACCUCCUCUGGGUUGUCGAUUGCAAAAGGGAGCAAAGAUGCAUCAAGCAAGCAAUCAGACGCUGUGGACUUCAGGAAUUGGUGCGAAAGCGAGUGGGUCAAGCUGACAGGAACAAAUGAUACCAGCUUCUUAGAAUACUGCAUAAAGCAGUCGGCAUCAGAGGCUGAAACACUCCUGAGAGAGAACCUUGGCUCACUGGAUCGCAACUACGAGUUCAUCGAUAAGUUCCUAAAUUAUAAAGCUUUCUUAUCAUCCGAAGUUGUGGAGAUGGCCUUUCAACUUAAAAUCUCACGCCCCACGGGCGCGGACGAUGCUGAUACGGAAGCCGGAGCUGACGGUGCAGCCAAAGGGGGCGGCGGAAAGAAGAAAGCGAAGAAAGGGAAGAAGGUGAGCCUGUCGGCUCUAGGGUUUAAUGUGGUCAGCAACCGUAUUAUGAUGGGUGAGAUCCAGAACGUCGACGAUUGAGGCGGUGAGAGCGCGGGGGAGAGCGCGGGGGAUGAGUGUAUAUACAUUAUCUUUUGUUUACCCUUUCUGUAAAUGUUCAACCUUUUUUUUCUUUUUCUUUUUUUUCCCCCUUUUUUCGUGCUUUCCUGGGACCUUUCUGUCCCCAAAGGAGCCCUUCUAUAGAGCAGUAGUUGCAGGUCCGAUGUGUCAUCAGCUGAAGCGGUUUUGUGGGAACUCAUAGCAGCUCUUAAUGCUUAUUUUGAGAAAGUAAGCUUAGAAGAGGGAUUAUUAAUUCUAUUGUGUGAGCUGUUAUUUUUGCUUA